AUGGGGCCGACGAUUCCACCGGUCAGUACACCGACCGAGACGCCGGCCAAAGCGCCAGCCAACACGCUGACCAAGACUCCGACUAAGUCGCCGCCCAGUUCGCCUGCCAAGCCGACAGCCACGCCACCUGCUAAGUCGCCCGCUAAAACGCCGUCGGCGUCUCCAGCAAAAACACAGCCCAAACCUCGUGUCAGGUCGCCGGCUAAGCCACCCACUACUCGAAUGAAAAGGGCAGUUACUCCUACAGCUACAGCGCCUGUAGUGACUGUGGAACGACGUGGACUUCCGCUUCGGAGUGCACGCCCGGCAGCUCAGGCGGUUGAUAUAUUGGCCGGCAACGAUCGGAUGAGCUCCGGAGAUGAGGAUGAGUACGGAAUGAGCGACGACGAUAUAUCUGACGUUUAA